GUGUGCCAAUGAACAAGAAGAAAACUACAGGAACUGACAGUUGGAGGAGUGUGAACCAUAUUCACGAACACUCACACUUUCACACGCUAAACUACAAUGCAUCAAGCAACAGACUACACUCUCCUGGGAGCAUCAGGAGGGACAUCACCACCUGCACUGCCCAUCAAACAGCGCAGGAGCAGGUCUUCUUCAAGCUCCAUCCAGGAUCUAGAGCUGAAGAUGGGAGAUCUACACUUGCCUGGACCUCAGACCCCAGUGUCUCCAUUUAGUGAAGUAUUCACUCCUACUUACUGUAAUGCAGUCCACUGUCCAAUACAUCAUCGCUAUGAAAAUCACCAGGUGAGAUUCUUCUCAGAUGAAAUUCCUCCUCCAGUACCUAAAAAGAGUCUGACGAGAACCCUAUCCCUUCCAGCGGAGACUCUGGACCCACCUUACCAUGAUCAUACAAGAACCUGCAACUAUGAAAAUCCCCUAUACAUGAUAGCACCAUUCCAUGACACACUUAAACUACAAGAGGAAGAGGUACAAGUGGAGGAAUAUCAGGGUUUGUCCAUGCACAAGGUGACCUUUGAUACACCAGAUGAGCAACUUCAAAGUGUCUUCAGAAGCUUCCAGAGCCAUGAGCAAUUUCCCAUGGGCAUCCAAGAAUGUUAUCUUCAGUUUCUCAAGAACACGUUGCAGAACAUUGAAUCGAGCAUCUUCCUAAAUGAACAGGAAAUGGAGAUAGCAAAGACUUCUCAGCCUAAUGACUUUAUUUUGUGUGAGCAGCAGUGGACUGAGAGGGAUGCUUUCUACUUGGUGUGUUGUCCGAAGGUUCCUGGGAGACUGUUUUCAGCAAAGGUUCACAGAGGGGAUUCGGUAUCAGACUGCACCAUGUCCAUGCCACAUCCUAACGUUGAGCAAGGCUUGGUCCAUUUUCCACAAUGUACAGCUACAGAUCAAACUUCCAUCUCACAGCAUGUUCAGACAACUCCAGAGCCGUCACAUGGGGACACCACUGAAGUAUGCCAACAGCAAACAGUUGCUGAUCUUCUGAAGAAUGGUGUUAGUGUGACUGUGGUAAGAGACUUUCCAUUGGGAACACUGGAGGACUUUGUUGAGGAAGGACACUCUUUGCACUCCACCCUUCCUGAGGUUUAUGAGAGGAGGCUUUGUCUUCUUGCCCUCCAGUUGGUACUAGGACUACAGCAACCGGGACGUUUUAAAGUCAUUCACAGGGAACUGAAACCACAGAGUGUUACAUUAGUGUGGCCUAGUAUCAUGCGCAAAGUGGCUGACUCUAGGGAUUACCCUAGUGAGAUGAAAAAGGGAAGCAUGAAUACAGACACUUCUACAGGUACACCCGUGAUCACAGUAUCCACAGAGCAAACAGACGACGAGAGGACGAAAACCUUAUGGGAGAAGUGGGGCACCCCUCGUUUGGUCCUGAAGAGCCAUUUUGAGGAUGAAGUUUUGCAAGAAGCACCAUCCCAAGAGUUCCAGUUGGGGACUUUGCUGAGGUACUGCCUACAUCUCAACGACAGUUGCUCAUCUGUGUGGAAGGUGCCACAAGACACUCCAUACACUCCAGGUAAAGAAAUCAUUGCUAAAAUUUAA